UGGAUUCUUUCAUCUACACGUCACUGAUCUGUGAGGAGGGAUGCGAGGGUGUUUUGUCUGUAAUGUGUUCAGCUGUUCAUAGUAGUCAUGCUCAGAAAGAGGCUUUCUGACUGACUGCAGUGCUAAUAAUAUAUAAUGAUAAGAGAGAGAGGGGGGAGGGGGGUUACACUGAGCUGGCAACAAGGGUAUAAAAGAGCCAGGACGAAAAGAAGACAAAGUACACAAGGCGCCAACUUGUCCAGAAACCAGACCCACAAACAUACAGAAUGUCUCAGCCAGAGGUUAAGAAGAAGAAGAGGCCAGUUGUAAAGGAGGAGGACCUGAAAGGAGCCCGCAGUAAACUGGGGCUGAAGGGAGAGGUCAAGAGCAAAACAUACGAGGUCAUGGUGGAGUGUGAGCGCAUGGGGAAGGCGGCGCCAUCUGUUUUCAGUGGAGUACGAUCUGGAAGCGAGACAGUGCUUGAGAAACCCAAGCCUCCAUCAGGAAGCGUGUUUGGCAAAUGAAUGCAGAAUGGACAAAUGGACUCUGGGUUUUAAAUGUAUGUCCAUGAGCACAUAGAGUAUGCUUGGCAUCCACAUCAUGAAUGAAUCCACUGUAAUUUGGACAAUUGUCACAUAUUUGUAAGUAUUAGUGUAUGUUUUUUAUACUGUUUGUUGUUGCUAAACAUGUUGCACUUAAAAAAUAAAAAUAAAAACUCAUGUGUCAUGUUUUCUAUAUUAAAAAAAUUGCUAAAAGUGUCUCUGAGUCACCAAGUAUGAUUUCUCUGGCAUACAAACAAGUCUGUCAUUUCAAACCAUGUGAACAAAUAUUACAUUAGUGAUUCAAUGAAAUUUUUGCUUGUGCAAAUUUGAGGAAGGAGGGUGGAGUACAAAUGGAAAUAGGUGCUCAUUAAAGGAUGUAGUCAUCUAAGAUUUCCUUGUCAUGUUUAGGUUGAAAUUCUAUAUGGAUGGCUGUUUAGUACAUCCGUGAGACAGUUUCAACAUCACCAGCAAAGCAACUCCACAACUGCAUGAAGUUGCAUGGUGUUUUGUCAGGGAUAUUCCCAUCAGCUGAUAAAGUGACAAAACAACAUGAAAGACCCGAAGUCCAGCUGUAAAUUAAUUUAUCA